UAUGGCUGUGGAUUAAUUUAGAAAAAAGAAAAAGAAAAAUGGCGAUUCACUCGAACACCUCAGAACUUUGAAGCUCACAAGAAUGGCUUCUCUCUUGUCUUCUUCUUCUUCUUCUUCACGGAGUUCCCUCUUCUUCACUACAAACCCUAAAUUCCCACUCUUCUCCUCUCUCCCCACUAUUUCCCGCCCAUCAUUUCUCUCCUUCAAUCUCUCUCACAAAGAAUCUGGAGCUCUCAGAUUCCCCUCCCUUCGCCUCACCUCCUCUCUCUCCGAUGACCCAUCUACCACCGACGAAGACGAUACCACUUCUCGCCCGAAGAUCACCGAUGAGUGGGGCGAAGAAACGGAACCCGAACCUGACUCUACGUUGACGAGACUCUCGGACUUCGAUCCGCCGAAGGAAGAUGACGAGUGGGGUGGCGAUGAAGGAAAUGGUAAACCUUCUGUGGUUGAGGAAAAGAGUGAGGAGUAUGUGGAUAAUCGUGAUAAGCUUUUGGAGCUUAAGAGAUGUUUGGUUGAUACGGUUUACGGGACUGAGUUUGGAUUUAGGGCUGGGUUGGAGGAAAGAGCUGAAAUUUUGGAGAUUGUGAACCAAUUGGAGGCGGCGAAUCCAACUCCGGCGCCGGUAGAGGCCUCUGGACUUUUAGAUGGUAACUGGAUUCUAGUGUAUACUGCAUUCUCCGAGCUGCUGCCACUUCUAGCAUUAGGAGCAUUGCCGUUGGUGAAAGUGGAGAAGAUUACUCAAGAAAUUGACUCAAAUACGCUUACCAUUGUGAACUCCACCACUUUGUCCAGCCCAUUUACUACAUUUUCUUUCAGUGCAUCUGCUGCUUUUGAAGUUCGAAGUCCUUCAAGGAUACAGGUUCAAUUCAAAGAAGGUAUUCUGCAACCUCCUGAGAUAAAGUCAAGGCUAGAUCUUCCAGAAAAUAUUGAUAUUUUUGGACAAAAAGUUAACUUAUCCCCUGUGCAACAAACUCUUGAUCCGGUACAGCAAACCGUAGCAAGUCUAUUCCAGGUCAUUUCGGGUCAGCCUCCACUCAAGAUACCAAUUCCAGGUGAUCGUAACAAGUCCUGGCUACUUAUUACAUACCUCGAUGAAGAUCUUCGAAUAUCGAGGGGCGAUGGCGGUCUUUUUGUUCUUGUUAAAGAAGGGAGCGCCCUACUAGAUCAGUGAAAAUCAGGUACUUUCUGUCGUCGAGUUUGGCAUGUAAUUGCUUAUAUUUUUUAAUAUCAAGUCAUGAAAUGCCACUUUCUAUUUUGUAGAUGAGUAUGAUACAGAAAAUAUAUUGAUCUUGCAUCUACAUAAUUAGUCUUGUAUCUUGCUAGUUUCUAAUUUGUGAAGGGGAAUAAAAAGGAGAGGGAUAAAUUGAAAAUACUGAAUAAAUGUGUAUGUGAUCAAUGCCUGCAUUUGUCUA